AUGACGCUCGACCCGAAACCUCCUAAAGAAGUGUUCGACGAUCAUGAUGGGCAGUGCACGAAGAAGGUUCCCCUCACGGAUCUUGUUGAAGCUGAGUUGCAAACGUUAAACGAAGCAGAGAAGAAAUACACCCUAACCGUGAAAACAGCACCCGUCCAUGACGCCGUACUGUGCUACAAGUGCGUGAAGGAAACUACUCCGCCCCAGCCCACGCCGGACCCCUCUGUUGAAGCUGCAGCCAAGGCUGUCGAGCACUGCAUGCUAAAAAUUGCCGUGAAGGGUACAUCGGACCCAUCUACGUCGGCAGCUGCCUUAUUGGCUGUGCCUUCUUUUUUCGUGUGGGAAUUCGUGCUCGGCAGCUUGCGUGCUUGA